AUGUCAUACUUGGGCACCUUAGGCAUAAUGGAAAUUCUGUCUGUUUCAAUCUCAUUUUGGUCCCGUCCCUUUCGAUUCGAAUCUGUUUGGUGGUGGUGCAGUUAUGGGUUCUCUUCAACAGCCGUUUGGAUCAAAGGAUCGACUUUCCAUUCAAAAGUGUGUGGUCUCAGCUUCUUCCAACACCAGGCCAAGUUCGGUUCGGUAAAGCCAUGUAGAUCGUCUCGAAUCGAAGGGUGCUUAGGGACUGGGAGACCACAUUCUCCCGUAUCUGUUCCUGUGCCUGAAAUUGCAGGUAAUGGCAGCAGCUUUGCAGACUAUGCCUUGGGUGAAGCUGAUCCUGAAGUGCGUUUGAUUAUUGACAAAGAAAAGCAACGUCAAUUUAAAAGUUUAGAGCUUAUUGCCUCCGAGAAUUUCACAUCUCGAGCUGUGAUGGAAGCAGUUGGUUCCGUCCUUACAAACAAGUACUCCGAAGGCCUACCUGGCAAAAGGUACUAUGGUGGGAAUGAGUACAUUGAUGAGCUAGAAAUUCUUUGUCAAGAAAGGGCUUUGGCAGCAUUUCACUUGGAUGGAAAGCAUUGGGGUGUAAAUGUUCAACCAUUGUCUGGUUCUCCGGCUAAUUUUGAAGUUUACACUGCGAUUCUUAAUCCUCAUGACUGCAUAAUGGGAUUGGACUUGCCUCAUGGAGGACACUUGUCCCAUGGUUUCAUGACUUCAAAAAGGCAUGUAUCAGGCACAUCUAUCUAUUUUGAGUCCAUGCUUUAUCGGCUUGACGAAUCUACAGGCAUUGUCGAUUAUGACAUGCUUGAGAAAACAGCUAAUCUCUUUCGACCGAAACUCAUUAUUGCUGGUGCUAGUGCUUAUCCUCGAGAUUUUGACUACCCUCGUAUGAGAAAGAUCGCAGAUGCCGUUGGUGCUUUUCUCAUGAUGGAUAUGGCUCACAUAAGUGGACUUGUUGCUGCUUCUGUGGUUGCUGAUCCAUUCGAGUACUGUGAUAUUGUAACUACAACAACACACAAGUCUUUGAGAGGACCUAGAGGUGGAAUGAUCUUCUUCAAGAACGAUCCUGUUUUGGGUGUUGAUUUAGAAUCUGCGAUUAACAAUGCUGUUUUCCCAGGCUUGCAGGGUGGUCCUCAUAACCACACUAUUGGGGGACUUGCAGUCUGUUUGAAGUAUGCUCAGUUGCCAGAAUUUAAGGCUUAUCAGAACAAGGUGGUUGCAAAUUGUAGAGUUCUUGCCAGACGAUUGAUUGAGUUGGGGUAUAAAUUGGUUUCUGGAGGGAGUGAUAACCACUUGGUCCUUGUGGAUCUAAGGCCUUUAGAUCAUCGAAGAAUGAUAGCACUGUAA